GCGGUCGCCAGCGCUCCAGCCUUUACUGGAGGAGGCUGAGUUCAAAUUUACUCGGGGGAAGAGGGGAUCUUCAUUUCAAACAAAGAGGUGGAACACAGCCCGUGCAACAUUCACCAAAAAAAAAUCCCUGUUUUAAAGCAAAACAAAACCCCUGAGAUUGAAAUAGUGUUAACAAAAGAGCUAACCAUGCCAGCUAACGACCCCAGCCACAGUCUGCAGAUCCAGUUUGGGCUCAUCAACUGCGGCAAGAAAUACCUAACGGCUGAAGCCUUUGGCUUCAAGAUCAACGCCUCGGCCACCUCCAUGAAGAAGAAGCAGAUCUGGACGCUGGAGCAGAACGGCGAGGACUCCAACGUGGUGUUCCUGAGGAGCCACCUCGGGCGGUACCUGGCCGCCGAUAAGGAUGGCAACGUGUGCUGCGAGAGUGAGCAGCCAGCCGCCGACUGCAGGUUCCUCAUUGUCGCCCACGACGACGGCCGCUGGUCGCUGCAGUCCGAGCCCCACAAGCGCUACUUCGGCGGCACCGAGGACCGCCUGACCUGUUUCGCCCAGACCAUCUCGGUGGCCGAGAAGUGGAGUGUCCACAUCGCCAUGCACCCGCAGGCCAACCUCUUCAGCGUGACCCGCAAGCGGUACGCGCACCUGAGCGACAAAGACGAGCUGGCCAUUGACCGGGACACCCCGUGGGGAGUGGACUCCCUCAUCACCCUGGUCUUCCAGGAUCAGAAGUACAGCCUCCAGAGCAGCGACAACCGCUUCCUCCGCAACGACGGCCAACUGGUGGAGAAACCCGACCGGGGCACCGGCUACACCCUGGAGUUCAGGUCGGGCAAGGUGGCCUUCCGAGACUGUGAGGGCAGGUACCUGGCUCCCUCCGGCCCCACUGGCACCAUGAAAGCUGGCAAAAGCACCAAAGCGGGCAAGGAUGAGCUGUUUGUCUUGGAGCAGAGCUACCCACAGGUGGUCCUGAAGGCAGCCAACAGCAGGAACGUUUCCAUCCGGCAAGGUAUGGACCUCUCUGCUAAUCAAGAUGAAGAAAGUGACCAGGAAACUUUUCAGUUAGAAAUCAAUAAAGAAACCAAGAAGUGUGCUUUCCGAACCUGCACUGGGAAAUACUGGACUUUGACUGCCAAUGGAGGGGUACAGUCCACUGCUUCCACAAAAAAUGGCAAUUGCUACUUUGAAAUUGAAUGGCGUGGGAGAAGGAUUGUUCUGAAGGCUGUCAAUGGAAAAUAUGUGACCGCAAAAAAGAAUGGGCAGCUUUGUGCCAGCAUAGAAACACCAGCGGAGACUGAAGAAUUUGUGAUGAAACUCAUCAACAGGCCGAUUAUUGCUCUUCGUGGAGAGCAUGGCUUUAUCGGAUGCCGGAAAACAACUGGAACCCUAGAUUCAAACAGAUCUUCUUACGAUGUCUUCCAGCUGGAAUUUAAUGAUGGUGCUUACAGACUCAAAGAUUCUACUGGGAAAUACUGGAUGGUCGGAAGUGACUCUUCUGUCACCAGCAGCAGUGAUCAACCCAUCGAUUUCCUGUUUGAAUUCUGUGAUUACAACAAAGUUGCAAUUAAAAUAGAUGGGAAGUAUUUGAAGGGGGACCAUGCAGGUGUGCUGAAGGCAUCUGCUGAUGGCAUUGACUCCUCGACCCUCUGGGAGUAUUAAAUGCACUUUAUAUAUAAAUGUGGCUUUCCAGCAUAUUUUUUUUUUGCAGUAGUCCUACCAUGAGUCAUAAUGCCUGCCUGCCUUUCACAACAUAUCGUGACAAUUUGUUUAAAGCAGAUUUUGUAUACUUAUCAUGGCAAUAGUUAUCGAAGAUAAUCUCCCUAGGUCUAUGCAGGCUGUAUAAUUCGAUUCUACAACGUAACAUUCCCUUUAGUUUUUUUUUCAUGUUAGGGUAGGGUUUUCCUGAACAUCUGUAAUGUGGUGUUGCCAAAGUUAUGGUUCAACUUGCUCUGGCCAUGGAUUGCAGCUGCUGUACUAACAGAUGUUCUAAUAUUAGCCAUGUUCACAAGUGCAUUGAUCAGGCCAGGCUGGGAGUUUGGCCUCUCGCUGCCUCCCUUUCUAAAGGGUGGAAGGAUGCAGCUUAUUAAGGGAAGUUCUUCUAGCGAGCUGACUCAAUAUUGGAUCUGUGAAAGCCAUUCCUUUUUAGCAGAAGCAAUUUAAUUCUGGAUUAGAUAACAAACUCAAUGCUCAUCCCCUCAAUGGACUGAGCAUUUUCUAACUGUAGCCAUUAAAAUUCUUAUGGUGAAUAGAUGAAAUCCAAUUGCCAGAACUCCUUAGUUGCCCUUCUAACUGAAGAUGUUGCUUUAAGCAUUAUCUUCACUAGUUCUAGAAAUCUUCAGAAAUCAAAUACAACUGGCACAAUAGAAUGGUGUAGAGAUGUUUAGGACUUCAGUGGGCAACAUUUUAAUCACGGCAACGUUUCAAUAAUGUCAUUUCCCAGAAUAAAAUUAUGUGGAUAUGGAAUGCCCUAAGCUGGUCUUGUGUUGUGCAUUUCUAUUGUUUAUCCAUUCUUCUGUAGUUCAGCAAGUUACUUUCUUACUGCAGAGUUGUACUAGGAAAAGAGGGUGCCAAGUAUUAGUGAAAAUGACAAUGCCUCGAGUGCGACAAAGUUAAUGCUUUACAUUUCUGCCGUACAUUGUGAAUCCCAAAUAGGAACUUGUAUGAUGCUCUCUCUUUAACAUAUUCCUUGAGGAUUAAGACCACAAUCUCAAUGUUUCAUGACUGCUCAGAUUGGGCAAAAUGCUGAAACACUGGACACUGCCACCUUGCCUGUUGCUGGAACUGGAGAUGGGGAUGUGGACUGAAUAGCACUUCCCCAAUGAUCCAGGGGCUACUGGACUAUUUUAGUAUGUUGUUUAUUAAUGGGGUUGUUUCUGGAAUUUAUUAAGCCUUAACAUUCCUAGAACUGGAAAGCCAGGGCAUCCCUCCUAAACUGUAAUGUGCCAUUACAUUGGUAUAAAACUGGAUAUCCCAAUGUGAAUUGUUAAUAAUUUGAGCAGAGGGAUCCUCUCUGUCAUUACAAAAUACUCUUUCCUGGCUAAGACUACAUUUCCUUUAUGGCUAAUGGAUGAGAGAAAUUCAUCUAACAAAUUCCAUUUUGAGCUACCCAAUCAAUUGUAGCAAUUGAGUUUUGGAAGGAAUAAAUUGGAACUUUUUAAGGCAGCAUUUCUUUUGAGGAAAAUAGUUUCAUGCAUUUUGAGUGAAAGAUGGACAGGCAUUUAGACCUUGUAUGACUUUAGUGGUCCAUGGUAGAAUCUCUUAAUGCAGUGCUGCAUUCACUGAGAAUGUACUUAAUGGCAAAUGCAUGUGGUCUUGUAAUUUGAGGGAACCAAUUGCCAAAACCCACAUCUCAUAUUAAUGUGGACUUGAGUAUUGUCCUAGAAGAUCUGAAGCUACUGGGGUGAACUAGAGAACAACCCUCUAGUUUAUGGUAUCCGUAUUGAAAAUUUACUGAAAGGAAAUAUUGUUUUAAAUGUUGGUUACACCAUUACUGUGCAGGAGGUUCAAGAAUUGCUUGAUCCAAAACUUUGUGGUAAGACACCUUCAAAUGUUCUUUUAUGAAAGAUCAGUAAAACGUAGCCCUCAUUUAUCAGGACAUUGAAAAUGGUGCCAGCUUAAAGGUUUCACCUUUCAAAUGUUGCAUUAUUUCCACCCAAAUGUAUCUUGUAGAAGUAACACGGUUCCACUUUUCUCUUUUUUGUACAUGUCAUUUGUAUAACUUGAGGAAUGUCAUGUCAAAUAAAACGGAUGUUGCAUAUGCCAGAAAA